UACAUACUUAUGUAUCUAGACUACUAAAUAUUAGGCUCACAGUCACUUUCUUUUCACGCGAUCUUCGAUGGCUGCGGCGAGAUUACCAACGCGAUCUUCUGCAAUGGCAGCUUCAUUGCUGAUGCUAAUAGUUGUGGCUUCUCUGUGUUGGGCAUCGUUUGCAUCAUCACCAGAAACAAAGUUUGUUCUGAAGACGAUCGCUUCUCACAAGAUUGUCAUCUUCUCCAAAUCCUAUUGCCCGUAUUGUAGGAAAGCAAAAUCUGUUUUCAAGGAGUUGGACCAGGUUCCCCGUGUUAUUGAGCUUGAUCAGAGAGAGGACGGUGGGAACAUUCAGACUGCCUUGAGUGAGAUUGUGGGAAGGCGUACUGUACCACAGGUGUUCAUAAACGGAAAGCAUAUCGGUGGCUCAGAUGAUACUGUUGAAGCAUUCGAGAGCGGAGAAUUGGUUAAGCUUCUGGGCAUUACCGGUGAAGAUAAGAAUGAUCUAUGAAUCAAGAACAAACCUCUGUUUACUUGAAUUAUUAAACAGGGCCCAAAACCAAUUAUUUGGAUUUUGUCAUCACUACUUUUUUCAUUAUAUUCAUUGAACAUAUAUAUAUUUGGUUCAGUAGACAUAAAGAUUGAGUCUUAGUUUUCGUACUUAAUUGUCAUUUUCAAUAUUAUGUUCUUUAUUGUUAACUAAACAUUUUAACACCUCAUCUAAGCAAUUAGCCAGAUUGAUAAGCA